AUGGAAAAGAUUCAAACCCAAUGGCCAAAGAUUACGGUAGCCGGAGCAAUCUGGUUUCUGUCGGCUGUCGAGGACAACAUGAUCGGUGUUAGCGAAUGGCCGUAUAUGCAUACGAUUGAUCCAAAAGCUACCACAUCUUUCUUCGGUGUCGCUUCAGCGAUGAGCCAUGCUGGUCAUGCGAUUUUUGCCAUGUUGUUCGCCUUUUGGAGCUAUCGAUGGAGAACGACUAGAUGGCCUCUCCUUGCUGGUCGCCUAAUCUCUCUCCUUGGUUGCAUUUUGUAUCUAGGUGUUGAGAUUUUAAACGAAAAUCGACGAAUCCUCAUGCUUGUUUGCUAUUUUCUUUUUGGAUGUGGCCUUGGAUCAAUGGCUGUCGUUAGAACAUAUGUGGCCGAAGUGUCAAGCGAGAGCGAUCGUUCCCGAGCCUACGCUGUCACGACGGCGUCGAACUUGCUGGCGAUUACGCUCGGACCUAUGAUUCAACUCGCGUUUUCUGCAAAAACUUUCGAGUACCCUGGACAUGAAAUUAUUAAAGGAAAGAUCCGUUUCCAUUUCUAUACAGCUCCCAUUUGGUUUGCUCUCGGAAUGAACGUCAUCGCCAUCAUUUUACUUAUAUUCUUCUUCAAAGAUGUGAAAAAAGAGCGACAGAAUACGAUUGGCUCUCAUGAACCGAUCCUGAAACGCCUCUUUUCGAUCUUGCAAAGGAGCGGAAUCGUUUGGCCGCUCGUCUUUUUGUGUCUCUUUCAAAUUAUUGCCUCGAAAAUCACCCAAGUCACCAUUUCUACGGUAGUUGCCCCACUUUUCAUGGCUGGAUAUGGGUGGACAGGUCACAAAUCAGUGAUCAUUAUGUCGAUUGGUCAAGCUAUCGUUGGAGUUAUCUGCAUUCUCAUUGCCGCUCUCUUCAUCUUCGCCCGUUUGGGGCAAAGAAUCCACCCACGAGUCACUUUCCUAUUUGGAAUGGCGAUCACUGUGUUGCUUUAUGUCUUGACCUAUCCAUGGCCAAAGAUCAGUGUCAAAGCUGCUGCAUUUAAUGAAACUACCGGAAUCGGUUGUGAUCCGACACAAUAUGGCUGGUGCGAAAGCCACUCGACCACACCGUACAUUUGGAUUCCACUCUUGAUUCUUGUGAUGGGAUUGGGUCUACCACUGCUUAUGAUCUCACUUGAUACGAUUUACUCAAAAGUUUUGGGCAACUGUGAUCAAAACACAAUGCAAGGCCUAAAUGUACUCGUCGAGGAUCUCACACUCAUCGUUGGAUCGAUUUGUUCCUCAGCAAUCUUCACGAAAUCCGGCCAAAAAUAUCUCUGGAUCAUCAACGGCGCCUUCACUUUUAUUGGCACCGCUCUUUGGUUGAUCUCGUUCAAGAGAUUGGCGCCAUUUAAA